CCAACCAGGAGGGUGGCAGCCUCCAUCGCCACCACUUGUUCCAAAGCUUCGGCAGCAGCUGCAGUACCCAGGACUCAAAGAGCAGGCCACCGGGCUUCCCUCCGACCAGGACUGACCAUCCCAGCAGCCUCAGUCGCAGGAAUCUCCAGCAGGUGGAACAUGUGAUCUCAGCAUGGGUCGAUGUCUUGGGGAUAAGAAUUGGCUGUUGGAAGAAAUGGUGCAGCUCUCACCUGGGACAAGGAACAGGGACAGCCACGUUGGCUUUAAUGAUAGCAUGGCUCUAGUGUGCCCUGGCCUGGUGGUAGCCAGGUUGAACUCUGUCUUAGUAUAAAGGCUAAUGGAAGGAUUUACAGAUUAUGUGGGGCGGUUGACUAAUACAUUACCUCAUUUUGGUAAGGCUGCCUGGUGUCACUGCAAAUACUCACUGAAAGCAUUGCACCCUGAAGGGGUAUAGUACAAGUCUCCCAUGGGAGUCUGGCUUGGCUGGUUUUGCUAUAGUGAGCCACAAAAGCCCAGAUCUCGUCUAUGCUAGCAAAUUAGGUUGGUAUAACUACAUUGCUCAAAGGUGUGAAAAAUCCACACCCCAGAGCGAUGCAGUAAAACUGACCUAACCCCCCGGUGUAGACAGUGCUCAGUCGAUGGGAGAAUUCUCCUGUUGACAUAGCUACUACCUCUCAGCGUGGUGGUGUACCUACAGCAGUGGGAGAACCUCUUCUGUCACUGAAGCACUACGGGGUGCAGCUGUAGCAUUUUAAGUGUAGACAAGUCCACUGUUUUGGAUUCUUGGAGGCCAUGGCCUGUCCCUGUAGAAGAAUGUGUGGGUCCUUGGGGUCUAGCACACUAAAGGGGUUAUUCCAAAGGGACCGGUUACAGGCUGGAGUAUAGACCAGGCCCUGUGGCUGUCUGACAGGUGGUGGCAGAGUGUCAGAUACUGAAUGGUUUCAGUGACUAAAUUGUCAAUUUGCCAAGUGCCAUGUUCUGUCCUUGGGGCUCCCAUUGUUUUGGUGCAUCCUCCAUUGAUGUGGGUCAGUUCCAGCUGGUCCUUUAACACCCAUCUGUUCCACACUAGCCAGUUACACGACACAACGCCUCCCAUCUCCUGCUCUGCCCCAAGAGCAGCUCUUGAAUUAUUUUGCACCUGCUGGCUAGCAAUGUAAAGUACAGAGGUAAACUGAGGCACAUAAAAAUAUUACAUUUUGUCAUGGGGUGCACACAGCUCCUGGCAUGGGGGGAGAGGGGAUUGUGAACACCCACAGAGUUAUUGCAAUGGAGGGAGAAUGGGCAAACAGCCCCUGCCAUGGGGGUGAGAAUGGGUGGGACCCCAAAAUGGGGGAGAUAAAACCCCUUGUGAUAUAGUGGAAAGGGAGCACACACAACCCUGUAAGUUGCAUGGAGUUCCGAAAAGGAGGAUGGGAGGUAGUACACAGGGAGCUUAGGAGGGUGAACAGAAAGAUGCAAGGACCCCUGGGGCGUACCGGACCUCAGCCUACAAGAGCUAUGAAGUGUGGACCCACUAGUUUACAAAAAUGUUCAGUGUGUCCUGUUUCCUUGCACAAUGCGCUUACAAACAGCAGACAUUUUCCUUGCUCAGAGUUUCCAAGUCUGCCCCUUCUGUCAGCUCUCUGUUUCCUCUCAUAGCCACUCACAACUGCGUGACCCCAUGAUUUGCUGUGAAGGAGUGGGAAUUAUUCAUAAUAUUUUGGAUGAAUAUUGUGUUUGCUUCAGUUUCCCCUAUGUGGUGUGUAGUUAAUUAGGGGGGAUGGGGGAGGAGGAAAGAUAGUUUACCCUUUGCAGCAACCCAGAGAUACAGGCGGGACCAAUGCCCAGCUGGUUGGGGCCCCAUGCCCAUGGAGAUUCUCAGAAGACAAUGGCUACUCCAGUUAUUGGCACCUAGCAAUAAACAACCAUGGAUGGCCCACCCUCCUUAGGAAGCCAGCUGGGUAUGACCAGCUCGGGGACAAAGGACUAGGGAGCGGGCAGAUGGGGUUGUUAUGUGUGGGCCCCUGGAGGCAGGAAAGAAGCUUCUGGUCUGGGAUUAAAGAGGAGUUAGAGGGCUCUGGACCGACCCAGAUCCACCUGACAAACUUUCCGUUGUCUGUGUUAACUAAGGAUGUGCUAUGCUGUGUUCCAGACGUCUAAUAAACCUUUCUGCUUUUACACUGCUGGCUGAGAGUCACCUAAGAUCAAGGGAGCUGGGGGUGCAAGUCUUCCCCGGGUUCCAACUCAGGUGGAGUCACUAUAGGGCGCUCACAGUGUGAAGGAGGGGUGCUGAAGGCUCUGAGGUUUGGGUCCAGGAGGCAAUGAAGCCAAGAGGCCUACACUAACAUCGUCAGGAGGCCGGUGCCUGUGGCAGCAGUUCCAAAGAUGGCAGCCCCUGCCCUAGCUGCAGGGAACGAAGGGAAGAAGCGGGCAGCCUGGGACCUGAAGGGCCAGUUGAGUGAUAUGAGGACCAAGGUGAGCAGCUACAAGGACAAGGUGCAGAGACUGGAUGGGGAGAACCAGCAACUCAAGAGGCAGCUGCAGGAGCAGGUGGUUCAGAACCAGGAACUGAGCAGCCAGGUCAGCACACUGAGCUCUGCGCUGCACACUUGCCAAGAGCAGGCACAGCAGAGGCUCCACAAGGUGAUGGAGCUGUCAGACCUGAAGCAGCAACUGGAGGAGCAGGUCACCAGCCACAGCAGGACCAUCAGGCAGCUGGAGGGGACCAAGCGGGACCUGUCAUCCCUGCUGGAGACCAGAGAGGUGAAGCUAAAGCUGGUGGAGGAUGGCCUGGCCCAGAGGGAGUGUGAGAACAAGGAGCUGAGAGGCCAAGUGGCAGCCCAGCUGCAGGUCAUGACCCAGCAGGAGGAGCGGCUGCACCAUCUGGAGAUGGAGAGGAGGAGGCUGCAUAACCUGGUGCAGGAGCUCAAGGGUAAUAUCCGUGUGUUCUGCCGUGUGCGCCCCCUGCUGGCCUGGGAGGAGAGGCAGACGGGACUGGAGCACCUGCACUUCCCCCUGCAGGACAACAAGGCCCUGGUGCUCUCCAAAGUGGAGGAGUCCCACUUUGGGCGUGACCGCAAGGGUGAUGUGAAAUAUGAUUUCAUCUUUGACCGGGUGUUCUCCCCUGCUUGCUCCCAGGAGGAGGUGUUUGAAGAGAUUGCGCUGUUGGUGCAGUCCGCUCUGGAUGGGUACAAUGUAUGCAUCUUUGCCUAUGGGCAGACAGGCAGCGGUAAGACCUAUACCAUGGAGGGGCCGGACGACAUGAGCCCCGAGACUAUGGGCAUGAUUCCUCGGGCCGUGCGGCAGGUCUUCCAGGGGGCACGGGAACUGGAGCCCAAGGGCUGGCAGUACCGUUUCACGGCAAACUUCCUGGAGAUCUACAAUGAGUCGCUGCGGGACCUGCUGGUGGGGCGGCCAGAGCGGGGCGCCGAACUGGAGAUCAAGCGGGUCAGCCAGAGCAGUGAGGAACUGCAUGUUCCGAACCUCCGCUAUGUGCCUGUGGACUCCGAGGAUGAGGUGCUGAAGCUACUGCAAACGGCCAAGGCCAACCGCUCCGUGGCAAAGACGGCUCUGAACGACCGCUCCUCCCGCAGCCACAGCCUUUUCCAGCUGCGCAUUGAGGGCUGGAACCGGAGCCGGGACCUUCACAGUGUCUCGGUGCUAAGCCUGGUGGACCUGGCAGGCAGUGAGCGGCUGGACAAGUCCUUCUCGAAGGGGGAGCGGUUGAGGGAGACCCAAGCCAUCAACACUAGCCUCUCUACGCUGGGACUGGUCAUCAUGGCGCUUUCCAACAAGGAGCCCCACAUACCCUAUAGGAACAGCAAGCUCACCUACCUGCUGCAGAACUCGCUGGGGGGCAACUCUAAGAUGCUGAUGUUUGUGAACAUCUCUCCGCUGGAGGAGAACUUGUCAGAGUCCCUGAACUCCCUGCGCUUUGCCAGCAAAGUGAACGAGUGUGUCAUUGGAACAGCCCAGGCCAACAGGAAGUGAGAGGUGUCACCAUCCUGGCUUGGCUGCACGGUGCGGCUGGAGCCCUGUGGGAGCAACGCUUUCUGCACCCCACCGGGGCUGCGGGGUGGCGUGUGUGGCUUAUCUUGCGUCUUGUUUUUAAUACUGGUAUGGACUCAGCAUGAGUGCUGGAAAUAAAAUGUCUUUUACAGCU